AUGGAGAAAAUGCUACAGAUAGUGGUGUUUGCGAAGGCCAUCAUCAGCUGCAGUGCCCUCCUGGACCUGUCUGGCCUCCACCAGGUCAAUGGGACAUGGAAGGGAUCCACCGCUUUACCUUGUACCUAUGUGCCCUCAGAAGGUUUCACAGAGCAAACGCUCACCUGGAGCGUGACGCGAGACCACAGCACCUCCACCAUCUUCCGGAGGGAUGACUCUGGUGACCACGUCUUGUUGUCUCGGUUCAGAAACCGUGUCACUGUCCCAAAGAACACCCCAGGGGAUGUCACGCUACAAAUGAGGAACCUCGAAAUCCCUGACAGUGGACUCUACACCUGUCAAGUCACGUGGAACUCCAAAAAUAAUGGCGUGAUAACAAAGGAGAUGACCACUACAGUUAAAGUUGUCAAAGCUGCGGUGACAAAGCCCGUCAUCAGGGCUGGAGAGCUGGGCCUGGUGCUCCCGGCAGGAGCCAGCACCAGGGCGGCGAGCCCCCCCCCCAUCAGCUACCGCUGGUUCCUGGGGGAGCCGGGAGGCACCGCUCGGCGCCUGAGCAGCGGGGCCGAGCUCACGUUUGACAACCUGCGGCCCUCGCACUCGGGCAAAUACUACUGCGAAGCAGAGAACCGCGUCGGGGCCCUGGUUGUCCAGCAGAGCGAUGCUGUAGAGCUCACGGUGAGAGAUCUGCCCGCAGUCACCACGCAGGACACCAGCUCGGCAGCAUCCCCCAUUGCCACAGGUGAGCAGAGACCUUCGCGGUGCUACGCAGAGACCUCGCAUGGAAGCACAAGCCGGAGCACUGCAGAUGUCACAAGAACAGAGACUGCUAAGGACCAGGAGGAGGUAAAUUCUAGGAAUGAAGCAUCAUAUGAAACUAUCACCAUGAAAUGCAAUGACUAUAGCAACAUAUGCAUUGGGGAAAACACGGAAUGCGAGACCCUUGUGAAGUCCAUGGAAUCAGAAUAUGAGUAGAAAACUUCUAUCAGGCUACAUGCAUUUCCAUGUGCGCAACUGUGCAGAAGAUGGAGCUGCAGAUCUUGAGUGGUGAAUUCUACCAAAGGAAACUAUUUUUCCUGUCUGCUACUUUGCUGAUAAAUAUUCCAGUCUUGCUGCUUUGUUUA